UAUGGCUACGACACCGAAAAACUUGUCAUUAAUAGAAGAUGGAAGCGCAGAUGACUAUAAUUCUCGCGAGAGAAUCGUUAUUUCCGGUAUGUCGGGUGCAUAUCCAGACUCCAAAAGCGUGAAGGAAUUGUCAGAUAUUCUUUAUAACAAGAUCAACCCCGUCAAUCAGGAAAACAGGCGCUGGAAGUACGACCAUCCCGAAGUAUCGCAGCACACGGGCAAAGUGCCUGGACUUAAUUUGUUCGAUGCGCAGUUUUUUAAAGUUCACUAUCGUCUUAGCCAUAACAUGGAACCAAUGGCCCGGAAGUUGCUGGAGAAGGCUUUUGAAGCCAUUUAUGACGCUGGAAUUUGUCCGGAAGAGCUUUCUGGGAAAAAAGUUGGUGUAUACAUUGGUAACGGUAAUUCUGAAACGGAAAAAGCCAUUUUUGAUGUUAAUUUGUCAAAAUCAGGAGUCGGUUUAACAGGGUGCUGUAGAGCAAUGUAUGCAAACCGCAUUUCUUAUUGGUUAAACGCUAAGGGACCCUCUUUGACCGUCGAUGAGUUGUGCUGCAGUUCUACCAAAGCCCUGGAACAGGGUUACCUGGCCAUUAAACGUGGGGAGUGUGAGGCUGCCAUUGUAGGAGGAUCAUCACUUUGCUUGCAUCCUCAGGCCACAUUACAUUAUGGAAGAACGACGAAGAUAAGUAUGGAUGGUAAAACAAAAUCGUUUGAUUCCGAGGCGGCUGGAUCUGCUAAAUCAGAGGCUAUCAAUAUUCUGUUUCUUCAAAAAGCUGAAAACGCUUUAAGAAUUUACGCCGAUGUCGUGCAUGUAAAAAGCGAAUUCAUUUCCGUUCCGCAAGGAAAGACAGGUCCAAUGUAUGGUUUCUAUCGGGAUCCGGAGAACAUGGCUAAUUUUAUCACAAAAUUCUAUGAAGAAGCUGGAAUAUCCCCAAAUGUGGUUGAAUAUGUAGAAGCCUUCGGUUCAGCGGAACCAAAAGCUGAUAAGGCGGAAUUGGAAGCGAUUGAUAAAGUUUACUGUAAAAAUAGAAGUCAACCUCUUCUAGUGGGCAGCGUUAUGUCAAACAUUGGAUAUUCUGAAGGUGCUUCGGGUAUUGCAGGAAUAACGAAGGUCCUCUUAGGGUAUCAAUAUGGACAGUUGGCGGGCAAUAUCCACUGUGAGUCGCCAAGGCAAGACGUAGAUGCUUUGCGUGAUGGCCGAAUUCGUAUUGCCACUGAUCAUCAGACCUUUGGACGAACCUUUGCUGCCGUAAACAGUAUUUCUAUCACUGGAGUUAAUUGUCAUGUCCUGUUAAAUGGACAUUAUAAACCAAAGGACAUUACACGUUAUAAAGCAAAUUUUGCGCAACUAGUUACCCUGUCAGGCAGACAAGAAGCUUCUGUAGAUAAGAUAAUUCAGGAUUUGAAAUCCCGUCCGGUUGAUCCGGAGGAAUUGGCGCUUCUUCGGAACAUUCAUAAAACCAGAAUUUCAGGUCAUUUAGGAAGAGGAUUUAUAAUUCUUGACACAAAUGAAAAGAACGUGACCAUUUGUAUGCACGAAAAAUUAAACUACUUCGACGAUGCAAAGCGUCCAUUGUGGUUUGUGUACAGUGGUAUGGGCUCGCAGUGGGCUGGUAUGGGAGCACAACUCAUGAGAAUCCCUGUGUUUGCCGCGGCUAUUGAAAGAUGUCGGCGUGUAUUGGAACCCAGAGGAGUCGACAUUGUUCACAUAAUAACAUCUCCAGAUAAAACUAUAUUCGACAAUAUUCUGAAUUCAUUCGUCGGAAUUGCUGCUAUUCAAAUUGGUCUUACAGACGUUCUAAGUGAUUUGAAAAUCUUUCCGGACAUGAUAAUAGGACACAGUGUAGGCGAGCUAGGCUGUGCUUACGCAGAUGGAUGCUUUACGGCUGAGGAGAUGAUACUCUCUGCAUACAGCCGCGGUCUUGUCUCUGUGCAGACUCCAUUCAUUCGUGGAUCAAUGGCAGCUGUUGGGAUGGGCUACCAACAGAUAUCUAAAAUGUGUCCACCUGAGAUUGAAGUAGCUUGCCACAAUGGUCCCGAUUCCAGUACAAUUUCUGGACCCGCUGAUCUCAUGAAGGAAUUUGUGACUCAAAUUACUGCGAAAGGAAUCUUUGCUAAAGAAGUGCCGUGCUCGAACAUUGCAUACCACUCACGAUACAUAGCUGAAGCAGGUCCAGGGUUACUCAAAUAUUUGUCUGAAGUGAUCACAAACCCCAAACCCCGCAGUAAACGCUGGAUUUCUACGUCAGUUCCAGAGGAGAAAUGGAAUGAUCCAAUUGCCAAGUAUUCGUCAGCAGAAUACCACACGAACAACUUACUUAACUCAGUGCUAUUCGAGGAGAUUUUAGGACGCAUCCCAUCAAACGCAGUGCUGGUAGAGAUAGCACCUCACGGUCUUCUACAGGCUAUACUCAAGCGCUCUGUACCCGAAUCCUGCAAACACGUGCCAUUGACAAGACGUGGGCACCCUGACAAUACCCAGUUUCUGCUAGAAGCCAUUGGAAAUCUCUACAUGGAGGGAUAUAACCCGCAAGUGCAGGCGCUAUACCCGAAAAUAGAAUUUCCAGUAUCCACUGGAACACCGAUGCUAUCACAUUUAGUAGAAUGGGCACAUAACGAAGAAUGGAAUGUGCUAUAUUAUUCGAUGCCUACUAGGAAAACAGCAUCACAGUGCACGCAUGUCAUAUCCAUCCACGAUGACGAUCAUCGUUAUUUGAAGGGGCAUGUGAUAGGAGAAAAGAACACUUACCCUUACGCUGCUACGUUAGUAGCUGUUUGGGAUACAUUAGCUAUGGUCCUCGGAGUACCAAAGAAGCAAUUCUCAGUUGAGUUCCGUGAUGUACACUUGUACACACAGCCCCUGCUGCACGACCGAAGACUUUUACGUUUAAGUGUAGCAAUUCAUCGAGGGAAAGGCCGCUUUGAGGUUUUGGACGGCAAUAUUAAAGUUGCAACAGGUUUCAUUAUAGGAGAAUUUGACCCAGAUAGUUUAGAAGAGAUUAAAGAGGAACCCGAGAAAGUCGAGUCUGAGGAAGUUAUGGAACUAAUAUCAAAUGAUGUUUAUCAAUUAAUGCAAUCUAGGGAUUACAAUUACUUGAAUGACUUUCGUAGUAUUUACAGCGCGAACACGUUAUUAAAUAAAGCUCAUCUAAUAUGGCAAGACAAUUGGGUUACACUAAUUGAUGGUAUGAUCCAACUAAAUGCACUUAGGCGAUAUCACGAAAGUGUUUCUCAGCCUAACUUUAUAAGAAGAAUCAAAAUAGACAUUGAUAAUCAUUUGCUAAAUAAAACUUUGUCCGACAAUGCUACUCUCUUACCAGCAAGCAUAUCUGAUCUUACUGACAGCACCAGGUGCGGAGGCGUCUUAAUUGAACAUCUAAAAUUCCACGACCUGCCAUUAAAGAAUGAGGAACAAAUCGCAUUAAAGAUGUUAAAAUUUGUUCCCCACUCCACUUCUAAUAAAAUCGAUGAAAUUUCUGCGAUAUACGUAUUUUUGCAAAUACUUGCAGAAAAUUUGAAUAAACGGAAUAUCAAUAUUCUUGAAGUUAUUGAAUACAAAGGUCAAAAGAAAUUUAAAUGCUUUCAAGAAGUUAUUCAUGACAUCCCAGAGAUAAAGAUAAAUUUUUCACAAAUUUGUCGGCAUGAUUUAACUAAAAAGUCUGAUGCCAUUAAAGACAUCGACGUUCUAAUGAUAACUAAUUUAGCUGCAGAUGAGAAUAUGUGUCAAGUGCUGCAUCGGACACUUAAUCGUGAUUCUUUCGUGAUCAAUAAAGAAGAAUGUACAGAUAUGACGCCAAUACGUCCUUCAUUACUGUACCGCACUGUGUGCGUCCACAUUAUUGGAUCUUCACGCUUGGAACUAAAUAUAUGGCAACCGUCUGAUGUUACGGCCGGGACGAGUGCUGUCAGUGUAUUUUCACAAGCUGACGUCGCCAAACUUUAUGCUCAGUUAUCCAUACUUCCCUCAAGACAUAAACUUAUAAUAUUAACUUCGAACCCACCACUGCUAGGACUAAAAGAGCUAAUCAAAGAGCAGAGAAAUAAGGAUAACCGUAAAAUUUGUCUUUUAAUAAAUAGUUCUAAAGUAUUCGACGAACAAUGUCUGAAUCAAAUACAUUUUUCGAAUUUAGCUACAAAUAUCUUAGACAACGGCAUUUGGGGCGGAGAGUAUUAUUUGCCAGUUCAAGAAAAAGGAGACCUAGGUCAGAAUAUGACGUUGGAAACGACUCGAAUAGGUGACAUUGAGUCCUUGCAUUGGACAGAAGCUACUGAAGCCAGUCACCAAGGCGUUCUUGUAAAGGUUCAAUAUGUAGGUUUGAACGACGCGUAUAUAAAAAAAGUAUUACAAGUUGCUGUAAGUGAAAACAAAACUGAAAACAAACGGAUUGAAUAUGACUUCAGUGGUAUUACAGAUAGCAAAGUUCGUGUGAUGGGUAUUGUACAAGAACAAUCAAUCAGCACCAGCGUCAAAACGAAACCUGAACUGUUGUGGCCGGUACCAGAUCAUUGGACUUUGGAGGAUGCGGCUACUGUCCCCUUAGCUUAUUGCUUGGCUUUCUAUUGUCUUUGCUUCAGGAGCCGGCUGUACCGUGGCAACAGUAUUCUCGUCCACGGUGGCUCGGGAGCUUUGGGUCAAGCUGUCAUCUCUAUAGCGCUAGCUUACGGCUGUGAUAUUUAUACAACUGUCAGCAAUAUUAAGAAAAAGCAAUUUUUACUGAAGCUGUUUCCAGAACUAAAAGAGGAUCAAAUUGGUAAUUCUCGUGACUGCACUUUCAAAGAUAUGGUUCUAAGAGGCACUAAAGGAAAAGGUUGCCAUAUUGUAAUCAGUUGCGUCACAGGCGAACUCCGAACGGCUACACUAUAUUGUUGCUCAUCAUUUGGAUUCGUAGUCGAUACAUCUUUAUUACUGGAAAAAGAAGAAUAUAACUUUGAGAUGUAUUGCUUGGACAAAUGUAUAUCUUACUGCACACAGCAAUUUUCCACGCUAUUCGAACCACAGAACGCAAAAGAUUUAAAAAGACUACAACUAAUGGUGAGCGAAGGAAUCGCGCGUGGCUAUGUCCGACCUAUUUCCCGCGUGGUGUACGCUGCGGGAGAGGUAUCCCGCGCCUUGCGCCUGCAGGCUGGCAGCAAGCACAGUGGCAGAGUACUACUUCAUGUACAAAACAAUGAUAUAUCCUCCACCCACGCUAAUUUCAGAGUGAACUGUUCGGCUGAUGGUAUACAGGUUCUUUUGUUAAAUAAUGAGGUAUUGGGAAUGCAAUUAGUCGACAGGUUAAAAAGUCGAGGUGCUAGAAAAUUUGUACUUCACUGCUCAAAUAAGACAAACAGCAUUUUGUUUAAAGUCAGAUCCUGGCAGAAACAAGGUGUACAAUGUACAGUAUCUUACGGAAGUGCUUGGAAUGAAAAUAUAUUUGACAAUAAGAUCCUAGAACAAGUCGAAGGAAUAUAUUGCUUAUUAAAUUCAAAAACACAGAAUAACAAUAUUUCAAGCAGCUUGGAAAAAUUGAAUUCUACGAUUCGAAGGUCGAAUUGCUCUUUAAAGUACUUUGCAGUGAUUGAUACUAGGAAAGAAGUCGGUGAGCUAAUAAAGCUAACAAAACCUCAUGAAGUAUUUACAUCUAUUAAAUUGCCGCCAUUGAAAGAAGAACUCAGGGAAAGUAAUUUUGAUGAGGACUUUAUUUCAAUUAACAAUGCUGUUGAUGCUAUUGAAAAAGCGUUAUGUUACAAGCAACGCGUAUUAGAAGUGCAUUGUUCAAAGAAACCAAAUGGCAACUUGUUACAUGCAGUGGCUGAUAGAGCAGGUAUAGCAAUACCGAAUGAUGUCUCACAUGAUGCAACACUAAAAGACUUGGGAAUGAAUCUCUCAAAGGCACAUAAUAUUCGGACUUGUUUGUACGAUGAUUAUAAUAUAUUACUAGAUGACAGUAUAAUACCAUCAUUAAAAAUUAAAGAUCUACAAGAUUUAGAAAAUGGAAUGGUAAAAAAUAGUUUCACUGAAACAAAAGGUUUAAAAACGUUUUUCGCAUACAUUGAACAAGAUGCAAUCCAGGCUACAACGGAUAUCGUAUUUUUACCGACAUUGACUAUAAGUGCUGAUUUGAGAGGUGAUGAAUUUGAUAUUGGCCAGACGUUUCUGUGCAUAAUACCGGGUGUAGAAGGACUACACAUGCGAUUCCCUGAACUUUCUGAACGGCUUAAGUUACCGGCACUAGUAUUGCAGCCGGGCUUAGACAGACCACAUGAGACUAUACAAGAAAUGGCACAAAGAUACGUUGAGAUUCUUCUGAAAAAAACUCAAAUGAAGAAGUGCUUUUAUCUUCUUGGGUAUGAAAGUGGAGUUUUGGUAGCGCUAGAAAUGGGCGCAAUUCUUGAAGACCAUGGAUUAACUGGCACAAUAUUCUGCAUCGGAGGUGCCCCGAAAGAAGUUCAAGCUACAUUUGAGGAAAAGUUAGGUUACUUGAAAACUGAAGAAUCCUUGCAAAUUGCGGUAGCACGCCAUCUAUUCACUCUGCUGAUUAAUGAUGAUAAUUUAGAAGAUCUAGAAAACGUGCUAAAUAGUAACUUUGUUUGGAAAGAAAAACUAUCUUUGUGUGUGCGGAAACUUCUGGGACGCUUUAAUCACUCAAUCCAGUAUGUGCAAGAGUUUAUAGACGCAGCAUACGCUAGAAUAAUACAAGCACGACGUUAUAACUCCAAGCCUCGGCCACUUCGUUCCCUCUUGAUAUCUAUUCGACCUCGGUCAACUGCAUAUAAACCUUAUUCUUUACAAGGUCACUCACAACAAAAAGUCAUAGAGUACAAUUUGGAAGCUCCUUUGGCUUAUGCCGCACAAGAUUUGCAAUGCGCUGCCAUUGUAAACCGGCAUUUAGAUGACGACGUAGUAACAGAGUUUGAAAAAAUAAACUUGUGUGAGAAUUAUAUUAUGAAAUAUGAUUCUUACAUGGGCAUUGAUUAAAAAUAGGAUUAUAUUAAAACAGUUAUUUGAAUUCUCAAUUCAUUAGGUAAUAUGCAUUAAAACAUUUUGGCUCGGA